AUGCUGGUGCCAAGCUGUCGGAUGAUGCACGUUGUCACACCAAUGGUGGUACUCCUGUGCUUGCUACUCUAUGCUGAUGCUGAAACACCACCAAAGUUUACAAGAACUCCUGUUGACCAGACAGGGGUUUCUGGAGGAGUCGCCUCAUUCAUCUGUCAAGCUACAGGAGAUCCAAGACCUAAAAUUGUCUGGAACAAAAAGGGAAAGAAAGUCAGCAAUCAGAGAUUUGAGGUAAUAGAGUUUGAUGAUGGAUCUGGAUCAGUUCUCAGAAUACAACCACUGCGCACGCCACGAGAUGAAGCUAUUUAUGAAUGUGUGGCUUCCAACAGUGUUGGCGAAAUAAGUGUGUCCACAAGACUCACUGUGUUACGUGAGGAUCAAAUUCCCCGAGGUUUCCCCACCAUUGAUAUGGGCCCACAGCUGAAGGUGGUUGAACGAACUCGUACAGCUACCAUGCUAUGUGCAGCCAGUGGCAAUCCUGAUCCCGAAAUAACUUGGUUCAAAGAUUUCUUACCUGUUGACACAAGCAACAACAAUGGCCGCAUCAAGCAGUUACGCUCAGAAUCUAUUGGUGGUACACCAAUAAGAGGUGCCCUGCAAAUUGAACUGAGUGAAGAAUCUGACCAAGGCAAAUAUGAGUGUGUUGCAACCAACAGUGCGGGUACACGCUAUUCUGCCCCUGCUAAUCUAUAUGUCAGAGAGCUGCGAGAAGUUCGACGGGUCCCACCGAGGUUCUCUAUCCCCCCCACCAAUCAUGAGAUCAUGCCUGGCGGGAGUGUAAAUAUCACGUGUGUUGCGGUGGGCUCACCAAUGCCAUAUGUGAAAUGGAUGCUAGGAGCAGAAGAUUUGACACCUGAGGAUGAUAUGCCGAUAGGGAGGAACGUCCUUGAGCUUAAUGAUGUCAGGCAGUCUGCAAACUAUACUUGUGUUGCUAUGUCUACCCUUGGUGUUAUAGAAGCAAUAGCGCAGAUAACUGUCAAAGCCUUACCCAAACCUCCUGGAACACCUGUGGUGACAGAAAGCACAGCGACAAGCAUAACAUUGACUUGGGAUUCUGGAAACCCUGAGCCAGUUUCUUACUACAUAAUCCAACACAAACCCAAAAACUCCGAGGAGCCAUAUAAAGAAAUUGAUGGAGUAGCCACAACACGCUAUAGCGUGGCUGGCCUAAGCCCAUAUUCAGAGUAUGAAUUUCGGGUAGUUGCUGUAAAUAACAUUGGGCGAGGGCCACCCAGUGAGCCAGUGUCAACAAGGACUUCUGAACAAGCACCUUCAAGUGCACCGCGCAAUGUGCAGGCCCGUAUGUUGAGCUCUACCACCAUUUUGGUACAGUGGGAAGAACCUGAGGAACCUAAUGGACAAAUACAAGGUUACAGAGUUUAUUACACCAUGGACCCCACUCAGCAUGUCAACAGCUGGAUGAAGCACAAUGUGGCUGACAGCCAUAUUACCACUAUUGGGAAUCUGGUACCCCAGAAGACAUACUCUGUGAAGGUUCUUGCUUUUACUUCUGUUGGGGAUGGACCACUUUCUAGUGACAUUCAAGUCAUCACUCAAACAGGAGUGCCUGGUCAGCCAUUGAACUUCAAAGCAGAACCUGAGUCUGAAACGAGCAUACUACUUUCCUGGACACCUCCACGCUCUGAUACCAUUUCCAGUUAUGAACUGGUUUACAAAGAUGGGGAGCACGGGGAGGAGCAACGGGUUUCCACAGAACCUACGACAUCUUAUCGGCUUCAAGGCUUAAGGCCAAACAGCCUGUACUUAUUCCGUCUAGCUGCACGUUCUCCGCAAGGCCUGGGUGCUUCGACAGCAGAAAUCUCAGCGAGAACCAUGCAGUCAAAGCCAUCAGCUCCUCCUCAAGACAUUAGUUGCACAAGCCCCAGCUCCACUAGCAUUUUGGUAAGUUGGAAACCUCCACCGGUGGAAAAACAGAACGGCAUUAUCACUGAAUACUCCAUCAAGUACAUUGGGAUUGAUGGAGAAGAUGUCAAGCCCCAUGAAAUUUUGGGAAUUUCCUCGGACAGUACCCAAUACCUUUUGGAACAGCUGGAAAAAUGGACUGAGUACCGGAUCUCUGUGACUGCCCACACUGAUGUUGGACCUGGCCCAGAGAGCUUAGCAGUAUUGAUUCGGACAGAUGAAGAUGUUCCUAGUGGUCCUCCUCGCAAAGUCGAGGUAGAGGCUGUCAACUCUACUGCUGUUAAAGUGUCAUGGCGCUCACCUGUACCCAAUAAGCAGCAUGGUCAGAUCCGAGGAUACCAGGUCCACUAUGUGAGGAUGGAAAAUGGAGAGCCAAAGGGUCAGCCCACGCUGAAGGACAUCAUGCUGGCUGAUGCACAGUGGGAAUAUGAUGAUACUACUGAACAUGAAAUGAUAAUUUCUGGGCUUCAGCCUGAAACUACAUACUCCUUCACUGUGACAGCCUAUACAACAAAAGGUGAUGGAGCACGCAGCAAGCCCAAACUCAUAUCUACUACUGGUGCAGUUCCAGGCAAACCUCGGCUUGUGAUUAGCCACACACAGAUGAACACGGCUCUAAUUCAGUGGCACCCUCCUGUGGACACUUUUGGCCCGCUGCAGGGUUAUCGCCUGAAGUUUGGUCGCAAAGACGUGGAUACAUUUACGACCAUGGAGUUCUCAGAGAAGGAAGAUCACUUCACAGCCACAGACAUUCACAAAGGAGCUUCUUACGUCUUCAGGCUCUCAGCUAGAAAUAAAGUGGGCUUUGGGGAGGAGAUGGUUAAAGAGAUUUCUGUUCCUGAAGAGGUACCCAGUGGAUUUCCCCAAAAUCUCCACUCGGAAAGCUCUACUUCUACAUCAGUUCAAUUAACUUGGCAGAUGCCACUCUUGGCAGAGAGAAAUGGCAUUAUCACCAAAUAUACCAUCUUGUACAGAGAUAUCAAUGUUGCUUACCAGCCAGUUGAACUCCCUGUUGUNNCUGCUGAUACCACUAUGACAUUUUCUGGCUUAAAACCAGAUACCACAUAUGAUGUAAAAGUACGUGCCCACACAAGCAAAGGGCCUGGUCCAUAUAGUCCAAGUGUCCAGUUCAGGACACUACCCGUGGAUCAAGCAGUGUUUGCAAAAAAUUUUCAUGUUAAAGCAGUAAUGAAGACUUCUGUUUUGCUGUCCUGGGAAAUUCCAGAAAAUUACAAUUCAGCCUUGCCUUUCAAAAUCCUUUAUGAUGAUGGGAAAAUGGUGGUAGAGGUUGAUGGACGUGCUACUCAAAAGCUGAUCACUAACUUGAAGCCAGAGACAUCAUAUUCGUUUGUGCUGACAAACAGAGGGAAUAGUGCUGGGGGUCUUCAGCACAGAGUGACAGCAAAGACUGCACCAGACGUGCUUCGCACCAAGCCAGUCUUCAUUGGAAAGACCAACUUAGACGGCAUGAUAACUGUGGAACUUCCAGAAGUCCCUUCAAAUGAGAAUAUAAAAGGUUAUUACAUAGUUAUUGUGCCUUUGAAGAGGUCUCGUGGAAAGUUUAUCAAACCAUGGGAGAGUCCAGAUGAAAUGGAACUAGAUGAGCUGCUUAAGGAGAUAGCUAGGAAGCGCAGAAGCAUUCGUCUUGGGAGGGAAGUUGAAUUAAAGCCAUAUAUUGCAGCUCACUUUGAAGUUCUUCCUACGGAGUUCACGUUGGGGGAUAAGAAGCAUUACGGUGGCUUUGAGAAUAAGCAACUGCAGAGUGGUCAAGAAUACGUCUUCUUUGUGUUGGCUGUAAUGGAGCAUUCAGAAUCUACCAUGUAUGCAACCAGCCCAUAUUCUGAUCCUGUUGUGUCGAUGGAUCUUGAUCCCCAACCAAUUACAGAUGAGGAAGAAGGCUUGAUCUGGGUUGUUGGACCAGUUCUUGCAGUGGUGUUUAUCAUCUGUAUUGUUAUUGCUAUACUUCUGUAUAAAAGUAAACCUGACAGGAAGAGGGCUGAAUCUGAUUCUAGAAAGAGCAGCAUACCCAACAGCAAGGACGUCCCCUCUCACCAUCCCACAGACCCAGUGGAGCUGCGACGCCUUAAUUUUCAAACUCCGGGUAUGGCCAGUCAUCCCCCAAUACCUAUCUUGGAACUUGCAGAUCACAUUGAAAGAUUGAAAGCAAAUGACAAUUUGAAGUUCUCACAGGAAUAUGAGUCUAUUGAUCCCGGUCAGCAGUUCACAUGGGAACACUCUAACCUGGAAGUAAACAAACCAAAGAAUAGAUACGCGAAUGUAAUUGCAUAUGACCAUUCUCGUGUUCUACUCUCAGCAAUAGAAGGCAUACCAGGCAGUGACUAUAUCAAUGCUAACUACAUAGAUGGAUACAGAAAGCAGAAUGCUUAUAUAGCAACACAAGGAGCAUUGCCAGAAACCUUUGGUGACUUCUGGAGAAUGAUGUGGGAGCAACGGGGUGCAACAGUCGUCAUGAUGACAAAACUAGAGGAGAGGUCCAGGGUGAAGUGUGAUCAGUACUGGCCAAGUAGAGGCACAGAAACUUAUGGACUAAUCCAAGUGACCCUUUUAGACACUGUUGAAUUGGCAACAUACUGUGUCCGUACAUUUGCACUUUACAAGAAUGGUUCAAGUGAGAAAAGAGAAGUGAGGCAAUUUCAGUUCACUGCCUGGCCCGACCAUGGUGUUCCAGAACACCCAACACCAUUCUUAGCUUUCCUGCGACGAGUCAAGACCUGUAACCCACCUGAUGCUGGACCUAUGGUUGUACAUUGCAGUGCUGGAGUCGGCAGGACUGGCUGUUUCAUUGUGAUAGAUGCCAUGUUAGAGAGAAUAAAGCAUGAAAAGACUGUAGAUAUUUAUGGCCACGUAACUCUAAUGAGAGCACAGAGGAAUUACAUGGUUCAAACUGAGGACCAAUACAUCUUUAUCCACGAUGCACUGCUGGAAGCAGUGACAUGUGGAAAUACCGAAGUGCCAGCCAGAAACCUGUAUGCAUAUAUCCAGAAGCUGACACAGAUAGAAACAGGCGAGAAUGUCACAGGAAUGGAACUGGAAUUUAAGCGUCUUGCUAGCUCUAAGGCUCACACUUCAAGAUUCAUCAGUGCCAAUCUUCCAUGUAAUAAAUUCAAAAAUCGCCUUGUCAAUAUUAUGCCAUAUGAGUCUACAAGGGUAUGCUUGCAACCAAUCCGAGGAGUAGAAGGCUCUGAUUAUAUUAAUGCCAGUUUCAUUGAUGGAUACAGACAACAAAAAGCUUACAUAGCUACACAGGGUCCUUUAGCAGAAACAACUGAAGACUUCUGGAGAAUGCUCUGGGAGCAUAAUUCAACAAUUGUGGUCAUGCUCACUAAGCUACGAGAAAUGGGCAGAGAAAAAUGCCACCAGUACUGGCCUGCAGAGCGCUCAGCCAGAUACCAGUAUUUUGUGGUAGAUCCAAUGGCAGAGUACAACAUGCCACAGUAUAUUCUGAGGGAAUUCAAGGUUACAGAUGCAAGGGAUGGCCAGUCCCGAACAGUGAGGCAGUUCCAGUUCACUGACUGGCCAGAACAAGGAGUGCCAAAGUCUGGAGAAGGAUUUAUUGACUUCAUAGGCCAAGUGCAUAAAACAAAAGAGCAGUUUGGUCAGGAUGGACCAAUUUCUGUUCAUUGCAGCGCGGGUGUUGGAAGAACUGGAGUAUUCAUAACCCUGAGCAUUGUGUUAGAAAGAAUGAGAUAUGAAGGUGUUGUAGAUAUCUUCCAGACUGUCAAAAUGUUAAGGACGCAGCGGCCAGCCAUGGUACAGACAGAGGAUCAAUACCAAUUCUGCUAUCGAGCCGCACUGGAAUAUCUGGGCAGCUUUGAUCACUAUGCAACAUAAAAACCAUCGUGGAUUUUUAUUGCAGGCCCUUUAAGAUCCGGAGAGCCGCUUCUGAGCCAUACGAUGUGCUUUAGAAGUACUUCUAAACUCUUAGCUAAGGAGCGAUUAUUGGGGAUAUAUAAAAUAAAAAA